AUGCUUCCCUCGCAAACCGCAGCGGCGGUCCUUGGCCGGACGGCGUGGCGCAGAACGCUUCUCUCGCGGCCGCCGCGGCUCGCUUGCCCUACACGGUCGAUGUCCUUCUUCGCGCGACCGCUGCUCCGUUCCAAUACUGCCCCCAUCGCGCCGAAGCUGCGUCGAGAGACCUCCUCCAAGUCUCCUGUACCACCCAAAUCGCAGUCUCCCGCGGAAGCGAACGAUGACAAUCAAAUACGAACGAGUUCAGGGCAGAAGCCCGACGUCACGAAAGCGUCCAAUCCCUUGUCUGACCCGACCCUGCACGAAGACAUAUAUACAUUACCGAAUAUCCUCACGUUCUCCAGACUAGUGGCGGCGCCGUUCAUCGGAUAUUUUGUCUUGCAUGAUUCUCAUGCCUGGGCAGCAGGGCUGUUGGUGUAUGCCGGCGUGACGGAUCUCCUGGACGGAUGGAUUGCGCGACGAUGGAACCGCCAGACGGUUGUAGGAACAGUCAUAGACCCAAUGGCAGACAAGGUGCUCAUGACUGUCUUGACAGUGUGUCUUGCUGUCAAAGGGGCGUUGCCAGUUUGGGUGGCGAGCAUCAUUCUCGGUAGAGACGUCGGACUCGGCAUCGCGGCUAUUUACUAUCGUUGGAUAUCCCUUCCGCCUCCGAAAACAUUUGCGCGGUAUUGGGACUUUUCUCUACCCUCUGCGGAGGUCCGUCCCACCACGAUCAGCAAGUACAACACUUUUCUUCAGCUGGCCCUAGUAGGCGUGACCACGGGGGCGCCUCUUGUGCCUGUCGACUUGUCGCAGGCCUUGACCAUUAUGCAAUACGUUGUAGCCGCUACGACAGUAUGGAGCGGUGCGAGUUAUAUCUACACAAAGGAUGCGGUGAAAAUCCUCAAUGCGCCCAAGAAGAAGUCCAAGCAAUGA